CUGGGACGCUCACGUCGUUAUUGCUAUAAGCAGUACCCCGGCCAUGCAAAAGCAAAGAUCCUUCGUCAGAUAGGUGGUCAUGAACUGGAAGAAACCUCAAUAUUCUCUCAUUUCUUCACCCUAUCAUACUACAAAUACAAGUGAAAAAUGGCAUUUUUAACAGCAAGAUUAGUCCCUAGUCUGUUUACAUUCUUCAUCAAUAUCUCAAUUGUCAUAAUGGUGAUUAUGAUGCAGCAUCCUCAAUUCAAUGCUGUGUAUCUGCAGCGGAAGACGAAACUUGGCACGAGCUUGCCUCGCAUUCACUGCAGACGGUCGCAGAAGAUUCGUUGUGCCAAUUCGCAGCAUCAUCAUCAGUCCAUCUCUCAGUUUCCUCCAAUAAACCAGAGUGUUGCGGCAAUUAUAUUUGGGGACGGCUCAGAAUCGAGACUUUAUCCAUUGACGAAGAGGAGAUCAGAAGGGGCAAUACCGAUAGCGGCCAACUACAGGCUCAUUGAUGCGGUAGUGAGCAACUGCAUCAACAGCAGCAUAAGCAAAAUAUACGCUCUCACCCAAUUCAAUUCCACAACCCUGAACUCGCACCUCUCGAGGGCUUAUUCUGGCGCUGGCCUUGGGACAGAAGGCUUCGUUGAAGUAAUCGCUGCCUACCAAAGCCUCGAAGACCAGCGAUGGUUUCAGGGGAAUGCUGAUGCUGUGAGGAGAUGUCUGUGGGUGCUUGAAGAGUAUCCAGUCACUGAAUUUCUGAUCCUUCCAGGCCACCAUCUUUACCGGAUGGACUACCGGGAACUUGUGGAGUUGCAUUGGAGAAGCGAGGCCGAUAUAACCGUCGCGGUCCUGAAUGCUGCUUGGGACCAAGAUCCAGGUUUCGGCUCUUUGAAGAUAAAUGAUGAGAAUAGAGUGGUAGAUCUCAGAGACAAGUCAACUGGAAAUCCCAACUGUCAAAACACAUUUGAUUGCCAUUGGUUCUCAAGCAUGGGAAUAUAUCUCAUCAACAGAGAUGCCAUGAUAAAGCUUCUAAAAGAGAGUUUCCCUGGCGCAAACGACUUCUCCAGUGAAGUGAUACGAGGCGCGAUAUCCACUGGAAUGAAGGUUCAGGCAUAUCCAUUCGAUGGAUAUUGGGAGGAUAUGAGAAGCAUCGGAGCAUUUUACCAGGCAAAUAUGGAGAGCGCAAAGAAAUACAACAGGGGAUUCAAUUUCUUUGAGACGGACUCUCUCUUGUACACUCUGCCUCGGUCCCUGCCUCCGAGCGUCGUGACAGAUUCAGUAAUCACAGAAAGUAUCAUCGGAGACGGUUGCAUACUCAAUAGAUGCAAAAUAACAGGAGCCGUAGUUGGUACGAGGACAAGGAUCGAAGACGGGGCUGUAAUUGAGGACUCGGUUAUCAUUGGGUCUGACGUCUAUCAAACAGAUGUUCCAGGGAAUUCUGGGGAUGGAAAGUGCAUGAGUGUACCGAUCGGCAUCGGGGAAAAUACACGCAUAAGGAAAGCUAUUGUUGAUAAGAACGCGAGGAUUGGCAAAAAUGUAAUGAUUGUUAAUCCAGAUAACGUCGGAGAAGGUGACAGAGAAGACCAGGGAUAUGUGAUUCGCGAUGGAAUAGUGGUUGUUCUUCGCUGCGCGGUUAUUCCUGAUGGCAGUAUUUUGUGACCCAUGGAUGAUAAACUACCAUUUCUGCAAGUUGCUCAAUGAAGUACCUUCUCUGCAAGUUUUUCAAUGAUCGCUGAUAUCUCAGAAAGUGCAAAAUUAACCUCUUCUAUCGAGGCACAUUGCUCUCUCUCUAGGAGAAAACCACGUGGUUUUCUACUUGUCUGGGAAUAAAAUUCUCAA